CUCCAAAUUUAAAAUGGCGACUUGGAGUAAAGUUGGAGAUAUUUGAUGAAAGAAAGAUUUUGAGUGACGAUUUGAAACAGAUCAACGAAUGUUUAACAGUUUACACGAAGAAUAGAUACAGAUAUGUAUUUCUUGGAUCCAGAGGAGGCACAAAGUGACAUUGACUCGACUGUUACCCCUAUAGAAAGUGUACCAGCAGGGCAGAAGCAGUAUGGCUACCUGCUGGAGUCAGAUGACCUGCCCUCACUGGACCUGCAGGUGGACAGACACAGAGAAAAACAGAGGCAGAAGUUAAAACAUGUACAGAUUGGGGCAACGACUUACAGUUCAAGCUCUGAGCUGUCAGAUAAAUCUGAUGAUGAAGCAGUCCCGACAUUGACUCGUGCAGAAAUACGAGAUAUAUACAAGGAGCUGCAGGUGAUAAGUAAUAAGCUGAAGGAAGAAAACAAAAUACUGCGAGAACGUGAACAAGCUGUCAAGGAACGUGAGAGACUUGCAACGAUUUCUCAGAAUAGUAUUCAGACGAUUACGGACUUUGAAAUUCGGCAGCGCUGGAGGGAGACAGGGGAGAAACAUCGCAAGGAGAUUUCAGAUCUGGAGCAACAGUUGCGUGAAAAAGGAAAAGAGAACAAACGACUGAAGGAGAAUUUUGAAACCUUGAAACUAGCCAAUGACACUUUAAGAAAAGAGCUGCAGACAUUACAGAUCCAGCAUGAGAAGCUGGAGAAACAGUCCAUUAGCCUACAAUCAAGGCUCACUAACCUGCAGAGGAGGCAAGAGGUCAGCCAAAGACAACCUCAGACACAGCAUUUAAGUAAUCCUGGUUCAGCACCCUCUACAGGCUAUCCUGAUGACAAACAAGGGAAGCAACAAAAACAGAAAGAUGGGCAGUGUGCAAAAGCCAGCAAGCCCAAGGUGGGCAGUGGAGUUUAUGAAAUCCUAGGUGUGUUACUAGACUGGGUGGCAGACCUUCACCUACGACAGGUAGUUACAGAGCAGCCGACCCAGCCACUGGAGAGCCUACCUGCCUCAACUCUCAUACACAGCAAGUGUCUAAAGAUCCUUCCUUGUCUGGGUGAGGUGAUAAGGGAGUUUCCAGGCAGUCACAACAGGAUUUACCUCCCUUGUUUGCAGUUUAUUUAUUGGUCCUUGUUGAAUUUAGAACAGUCAAAGACGCCACAGACUGGUUUGACGUCCACUUUGCGUCGGCUGGGAGAGGAGCUGUACAAACCCAGGGUUGUCAGAUUCCAGGAGGAGGACAAAACGGUCCCCGUGACAACCCCAGUGUCUCCUGGCAGAGGUGACAGGGGAGAUAAAUCCAGGGAAACAUACUUUUUCAAGAGCACAGAUCUCCACACAAGAUUUCUCUCCUCCUUGAUCAUACUGAAAACACUAUCACAAGCCGAUGUCCUCGCUCAUGUGUUUGACUGCCUGAGAAAUGACCUCAAGUCUAACACAUGUAAGGACCUGUUCCUGUAUUACCAGGCCACUCCCAUCAUCUUGCCGUAUCUCCGGCCAGUACACAAGACGUUUUUGUCAUCAGCUGUGGACAUCUACCUCCAGAUGUCCAUGGAGUCCGCCUUCCUCCAGCACUUCCUGGACAGCUGUAGUAAUGAGCACUGGUUCAGGACGGUUGCCAUGGCGCUGAGAUCUCCAAACUUGGACACUCAGGUGCUGGAGAAAAUCAGCAUUAUUCUGCAAAAACUCUCCAAGAUGAAGCCCAACAAAAAGUACUUUGAGGUGUACACGAUAAUCAGUGUUAUCCAGGAGCUGUUGAGAGGAGCAGCCAAUGAUAGUGCCUUCCUCUCCAUGAACCUCAAAUCUAUUCUGUUUAACCUGGGUGUGCAGACUAAAACAGCAGGGGCUCGCUAAGGGCAUGAUUUGUCCCUCUCGGCUUAUUUAGCCGUUACAAGAAAAGUGGGGACCCGACAAAGAUGUCAGUGUGGACUACAACAGAGGGACUCAGCAUAGCUUCUUAAGCCUUACUGGACAAGCAGGGAUGCUGUAGAAGUGGGUGCUACAGUCUAGAAUAAGGAAUUUGGAGGGUCACCCUUAGGUUUCUAAGACAGCUGGCAAGCAGGCACACAGAAGAGGUUACAGAGCGGAGAGGUUUUCCAAGAGCAGAAGCCAUGCUAGGGAGUCCCACUUGCGAAGACACUGCCAAGGUGCAUGUGACAGUGUGGAAUAAGACAUGUGGAGCUUUAAUAUCCGGUCUACAGCUUCUACAGACAAGAGGGGACACUAUACAGCCACUUGUCAUUGUCCAGCUAGUGCUGAUUGGGUGAAGGUGGCAUGCUAAACUUUCUCAAACUUUCCUUGUCAAGGAAACUUCCUGUUACGAUUGUGCUUCACUGUGCAUGUGGUACAUUCCAGACAGGGACUUUAUUUUCACACAGGUACAAUGUAGCAAUAAAUGACCUUUUUGUGAUAAAUUACAUUUCUUGUUUUUAUGUAAAUUUCAUGCAUAAUUCCCAGUGGAAAGGUUAGCGAUUUUUGCAGAAAUAAAUAUGUGUCACUUGUCCAAAAAUUUAUUGGCUUGAAGCAAGAAUAGUAAAUUAUCAAUUCUGAA